ACUUCGGCGGAGCCCAGAAAAAAAAACCCUGUCUGUGUCAUUCAACCGCUCUUACACACACUCCAACACACCUACCUCCUCCUUUCCUCAGACGCUGACAACUGGAUACACCCGUUGCUUCUCACGUACCUCUCCGAAUUGCAUCACUGAUGAACACGCUCUCCAGCAAAAGUUUGAUUCUUCUUUCUUUUCCUUUUUGCCUGGCUUGGAUAAAACUUUCCUUUUUUUUUAAUAUUUAGGGAUCAUUUUUUCCCUCUCUCAGCCCCUGAAGGGAUCGCCUGGACUGGGAAGAUAACGAUGAUUCACUUGUCUGCGGUGAUAUAAGGGAAGAACAGUUGGAACUGAUGAUCGAAGAGAGGGAUUGAGAAGAAGGGGGAUUCGUGAAGAGAAGACUUGGGAGGAGGAGCGGGUGAUUGACGGAGGAAGAGGAGGGGAGGAAGAGCAUGGGCUGCUCCUCUGUGUGGAUCUUUCUACUGUUCCUUUCUCUCUCCCAUCAAAGAGUCACAGCACAAAUUGAAGCAUGCAGGACCGUGGUGCAGGCGGACAUAGUUUUUCUGGUGGAUGAGUCAUGGAGCGUGGGUCAGAACAGCUUCUCCAGUGUCAAAGGCUUCAUUUCCGCCAUCAUCUCCUCCUUCCAGGACAGUGUGCAGGGAGCCGAGGGGGUCCGCUUUGGCGUCACUGUCUUCGGGGAUGUCCCGAGGAUGCGGAUUGCUUUGACAGACUACAGUACACUGGAGGAGGUGCUCAGAGCCAUCAGAGACCUGCCGUACGACGGCGGAUCCAGGAGGCUCGGCGAUGCCCUCAAGUUUCUGGUCGACCCCGUUUUCAGCCCUGCCAUCAGUCGGGAUCAUGCCCCAAAGAUUGCUGUUUUGAUCACCAACGGACGUUCGGACGACCAGGUGGAUGCCGCGGCCAGAGCUGCAGCAGACAACGGGAUUUCUCUCUUUGCAGUCGGCGUCCGGGGAGCUGACGAAUCGGAGCUCAGGAGGAUCGUGUCAGAGCCACACAAUGAGCACUUGUUGCUGGGCACUGACUACUCUCUUCUGGAAAGCAUCCUUCCCAAACUGUCCCGCAGAGUUUGUGUCACAGCUUCGGAGCCACCGCGUCCCGUGAAAACAUCCCCCCCCGUUGAAGAGCGAGUCGUUGGCCCCAGAGACCUGCAGGUCAGUGAGUUGGCCCACAGCUCCCUCAGACUGACAUGGAGCCAGGCCACAGGUGACGUCACCGGAUAUCGCCUCCUGGUCACCCCUCUCACCUCCAGGGGACACUUCCUCCCCCAACAGCAGAGACAGAUUGAUCUGAAGUCAGAUGUGAGCACAGCCCUUGUCACAGACCUGAGUCCUAACACAGACUAUUCCUUUACCGUCUACGCCAUCUACCCAAAUCUCAUCGGGGACUCUGUGACAAUCACCACUCAGACAACCCUUUUGCCACAGGUGUCAAACUUCCGUGUUAUUGAGGAGGGCUUGUUCUCUCUGCGCCUGGGUUGGACGCCUCCUUUAGGGAAGCUCAGCGGAUUCAAGAUCUUCAUCCCAAGAUCAAACCGACCAGGAUUCACCUAUGAGCAGCUGCUUCCCGGGGACACCUCUUCUCAUGUGAUUGACAGCCUGGAGGAGGAUAAGAAGUACACUGUCAAUAUUUAUGCUGUUUUCCCCGAGGGACCGAGCAAGCCGGUUUCAAUAGUGGGCAAGACAUUAAAGCUGAUACCAGUUCAUCAGUUCCUGGUCCAAAACGCCACCACAGACACCGUCCAGGCGAGGUGGGCUUCGGUUAAAGGUGCUUCAGGAUACCGUCUGACGUGGGCCUCCCCAGAUGAUCACAUUGAGAACAUCAACCUUGGGGACAACUUCAACUUCUACAUGAUCCAGGGCCUCCGCCCGGGCUCCGAGCACACCGUGACCAUCAACCCCAUCUUUGGAGACAUCGAGGGGCCCGUCACCAGCGCCAAAGUCAAGACAUUGGAGAGCAGCGCAGUUCAGACACUGAAGGUUGCCGCUGUGACCACCAGUUCGGCCAUCAUCUCAUGGAACAGUGUCCCAGGAGGCACGGGGCACAGACUCGCCUGGGGACCCACCCCAGAGUUCACUGGUCGGGACCGUCCCAGGCAGUUGGCUCUGAAUGGCAGCACCACGGAGUACCAUCUGAAGAACGUAGCCUACGAUACGGAGUAUGUCCUGACUCUCUAUGUGUUGUUUGGAUCCCUGGUGGGGCCUGGCAUCACUGCUACCUUCAGAACUUCUCCUCUGGGCUAUGUGUCCAACUUCAAGGUGACGUCCUACACCAGCACCUCCAUAGAUGUGGAGUGGAGUCCCAUCGUAGGAGCCACUGAGUACAAACUCUCUUGGAACGCAGAGGACAGCAGCCCCCAGUCGCGUUACCUGGACCGCAGUGUUCUCUUUCACCGUCUAGAAGACCUGAACCCGCAGUCCACCUACACAAUCAACAUCUGUGCUGUGUACGGCAACUCGGAGGGACCAGACAUCUCCUUGUCUCAGCUCACAGCUGCUGUUUCAGACUCGGAGCCAAUCCAGGCAGUGAGGGGGGUGAAGGUUGGGGACAUUGGAGUCAACUUCUUUACCUUGUCCUGGAACAAAGCACCAAGGGCGUCUGGGUACAAAAUCUCCUGGAUCCCCUUCCUGGGGGGUGAUGAGAGGUCCCACGUGGUUUCUGCUGCCUCCACCACCUUCACCAUCCGCAACCUGCGGGAGAGCGCAGCUUAUAAGAUCCAGGUGUCGUCCAUGGUGGCCAACAGGGAGGGAAGCCCAGUCCUGGUCACUGCACGCACCUUGGAUCUCCCCAAAGUGAAUGACUUUGCAGCUCUGAACACUACAGACAGCAGCACUGUUCUGAACUGGACACGGGUGGCAGGGGUCUCAGGUUACCUUCUCUCCUGGAGGCACAUCUCAGUGCUGGAAACUAAAACAGAGACCCUGGGUCCUGGUUUUUCCUCCUACAAGAUCAGCGAUCUCUUGUAUGGCAGAACAUACAUUUUCACCAUCAGACCUUUGUAUGGAGAAGUGGAGGGGCCUAUAAGCGCUGUGUAUCAAAAAAUAUUGGGACCGAAUCCUCCAGUUGUAACAGCCCAGUCCGUGCGAGCAACUGUGGCCCCCCAUUUCCCCCGUAUCACGACCGCCUCUCGGACGGCCUCCUUCAGGAACACUACCAUCGCUAAGACAGCCAACAGGACCACACGGCAACCGAUUGACGUGCCACCGAUAAUAACCAUAACCACCGCAAAACCCCCAGCUCAGCCAGGUGACACAGAGGCCACAGCAGGGGUCCCCUCCACAAUCAGUGCGGAGGCAACGACUUCCCCACGACCAGUGUGUGGUAAGACCAAAGCAGACAUAGUGUUCUUAGUGGACGAGUCCUCCAGCAUCGGCGCUAAUAACUUCAUCAAGAUGAAAGACUUCAUAUUCCGGGUGACCACCUACUUCCCUGUCAUUGGGCCUCAGGGCACACAGAUAGCCGUGGUUCAUUACAGUGAUGAGCCUCGAAUUGAAUUCAACCUAAGUGACUACAAAGAUAGAAACUCCGUGCUCAGGGCGCUCAGGGCGCUGCGCUACGGAGGUGGCAACACCAAAACAGGAAAAGGCAUCAGCUACGUUCUGCAGGAACUGUUCCAGCAGUCUCUUGGGAUGAGGCAGGAUGUGGCCCAUGUUCUGGUUCUGAUUACGGACGGCAGGGCCCAGGAUGAUGUGCUGCCACCCUCCAGAAUUGCCCGUGCUCUUGGUGUCAGCGUCUUGGCAGUUGGAGUCUCUAAUGCAGACAUGGAUGAGCUGAAUAAAAUAGCAGCACCCACCAGCUACAAGAACAUCUUCUUCUCCCCGACCUUCGAUGACUUCCCCGCCAUAGAGCGAGAAUUCAUCAAAAGCAUCUGCAGUGAGGAACUGCUCUCUGAGUUCAAACAAGAGGAUGAGUUUGCUCAGUUGGACACUCCCACCGAAGACCCCGAAGAGCUGCUUAAGCCUCAGGGUCCCUGCCCCUCCCAGUGUGUGAAGGGCCAGAAAGGUGAAAGGGGGGAUGGAUCUGGUCUUGGGGGUCUGAAAUUUAGACAAAGCCCUGGACAGUACGAUCCUUUCACUUCUUCCAAAGGAGAAAGAGGAGAGAAGGGACCUUCGGGAACAGAUGGUGUUCCUGGGUUGCCUGGACGACCAGGGAGAACUGGACCCCCAGGUUCUGCCGGCCAGCGGGGCUCUCCUGGCAUUCCAGGUGACAUGGGUCGUCCUGGAACCACUGGUCCAAAGGGACAAAGAGGAGAGAGAGGAGAGCCUGGAUAUGUUAUCGCUGGCACGGACGCAAAUUUUGUCCCUGGACGAAAAGGAGAGCCAGGAUCUUCUGGUCCCCAGGGUCCUCCUGGUGUACCAGGGAUCAAUGGCGCUCCAGGCCUCCCCGGCCAGCCUGGACCUCCAGGGUCGCCUGGAAUUUCAGUCAAGGGAGAUCCUGGAGAGCUGGGAGCAAAAGGUUUACGUGGGAAGCAGGGCGUGAACGGAGACAAAGGAGAGCCAGGAAAAGAUGGUGCUGCAGGUUUGCCUGGUCCCAUUGGAAUAGAUGGGGUACCAGGAUUAUCGGGUCAGAAAGGAGAGAGGGGUGAAGAGGGCAUUGGCAUUCAAGGUAUUCAAGGUCGUCGUGGAGAGUCAGGAGAGAAGGGAGAUAUUGGCUUAACAGGACCAGUUGGCCUAAAGGGUGAUCAUGGAGAACAGGGCGUCCCAGGGAUCAUUGGACCUCGGGGAAAGAAGGGAUUCAAAGGGGAGCAAGGAGACAAGGGAGAACAAGGAGAGAUGGGACCAAUAGGACCACAAGGACCGACAGGAUUCACAGGGCCUAUGGGGUUGAAAGGAGAUGAUGGUCCAAGAGGAGCCCCUGGAGACCCCGCCAAGGGUAUACUAGGUCCAACUGGAAAAAAGGGUGUCAGGGGAGACAUCGGCCCAGUCGGCCCCACUGGCCCCCAGGGGAUAAAAGGUGAACAAGGAGGCAAAGGAGAAAAGGGAAGUCCUGGUUUUGGGAUUCCAGGACAACAGGGGCCAAAAGGAGAGAAUGGCGAGAGGGGAAAUGUUGGUUUGUCUGGAAAACCAGGGCCAAAGGGAUAUGAUGGCUUUAAAGGUGACAAGGGGAAUAUUGGGUUACCUGGCAAUCCUGGAGAACCAGGAUUAAGAGGUAAAGAUGGUGCACCUGGAACGAUAGGAGGCCAAGGAAUUAAGGGUGAUCAAGGUCCACCCGGAGAACCUGGUGACAGAGGAAUCAGGGGUCCACUGGGGUUACCAGGACGACCAGGCGACCCAGGAGAUAAAGGAGAUACUGGUAAACCAGGGCUGGCAGGCACUGAUGGAAAGACAGGCGACAAAGGAGAGCCGGGAAAACCUGGACCUCCGGGAGCACAAAUUGUGGCAGACAACAGUAUACUGACCAGGGUGAUAAAGGGUGAACCAGGACAACCUGGUCAGCCUGGUUUGAGAGGAGACACAGGUCUGCCUGGACUACAAGGUCCAGAAGGCAAACCAGGAUUAUCUCUGGGUGGAUCUGGAAGAAGUGGACUUGAUGGUCUACCAGGGAAAACAGGCGCGAAGGGUGAACAGGGACAAAAGGGUGAGCCUGGUCCGAGGGGAGAGAGAGGAGACCAAGGCCGGGUGGGGAUUGCAGGAAUGCCUGGUUUACCAGGAACUCCAGGGAGAGCUGGCAUCGAUGGGAAGAGGGGCCUGCCAGGAACAGACGGAGAAAGUGGAUCAAGAGGAGAAGAUGGCAAAAAGGGGGAUAGGGGAGACCCAGGUGCAAAUGGUAAAGACGGUGGUAAGGGGGAACCAGGACCUCCGGGUUUGCCUGGCAGACAAGUGCUUGUCACACCAGAGGGCGCCACCAUUGACGAGGUCCGACAAGCAUUCCCGAUCCCAAUGGGUCCUCCAGGAGCUACCGGUUCACCAGGAAAAAAGGGUGAUCAAGGAGAAAGAGGCCUGAAAGGAGAGAAGGGUGAUGGCGGAGCACCUGGAAAAUCUAUUGAGAUGAAGGACAUUGAAAUAAUGUUUGAAGCCUACGGCAUAAGGCUGCCCUUGCUGAAGGCUUUGAUUGACAGGCUGCUGCAGGAGGGGAUAGAGGAGCUGCUUCAUGUGCUCGUCACCGCCAAGAACACAAAAGAAAACAAAGAAACUCACACAUCUAACGUCAUCACGGAGUACACGAGUUCAGUGCAGUUCGACCUCACCAGCCAGCCGCUGUUAGAGUUGGACACCACUGAAGACCCAGAUACAGAUGAGCAGCUUCCGGAGUCAUUUUCAGUAGAGCCUCUUAAUGAAACUGCAGAGGUUCCAUCUUUAAGGACCAUCAGUGCACUGAACGAAGAGCAGGAGCUCGACAGGAUCGAGACCAAGUCAAAGGGAUCCACAGGGAUGAAGAUGAUAGACGGGGACAGUGACAAAGUGUCCUCACUGAAAAUGAAUCUGACAAAAGUCAAUUCCACUUUCAAUUAUACUACGGCCCAGGAGACGGUUUCAGGGCUAACGGAAACUGUGGUGGAGAAAGUUGUCCUCACUCAGGAGGACUCUCUGAAGAAGAAUUCAGGAAAAAAGAAGAAAAACAGGGAACGUGGGAAGGGCAAAGGAAAUAAAGGAAGACAUAAGAGGCAGAGACACCGCCUGACAAGCGAAGAGCAAGGAGAUGAAGAAGAGGAUGAGUUUUAUAACGGUGAAGAAUACGGUGAUGAAUACGAGGAAGAACUUUCCCCACAUGGUAACUUGCAGGAGAGCAGAGACGACAGAGAGGUGGAACUACUGCCCACGCACAUUCCUGCCCAGUUAGAAACAUCCUCAGACCCCUCCCGUCUUCAUCUGACUCGCUUCUCAGAAAGAGAAACAGACGAACAGGCUGCGCGGACGACCACAGAUCCUCCCUAUCAACCGACGGGGGAGGUGGAGAAGGGUGAAGUGUCACUGCCCACACCUCCCAUCACAACGGAAGAACCGGACAAGGUGCCUCUAUCUCAAAUGAGGGUGAGAAGAGGCGCCCCCUGGUCUGACUCCAUGGCGUUCAUGCCAGGUGCCCCGGGCAGAAGACAUUGGUCCAAGGAGGUGCAAAAACAUCACUCCUCUGGAGCUGCAGGUUACAACAGCUUCAAUAAGAAGCAAGAAAACGCUGAUGUUCACACACACACCAGGAGGGAGAGGCAAGGAAGAAGAGACAGACAGACAUACAGUGAGACGGAGGGAGGGAUUCAUCCAGAAAUACAAGGUGGAGGAGACGAACAGACUGAAGCUGAAGGAGUUGAGGAGUGGGAGCAAGAUGGAUAUACAGGAGCAGUCCCCGAUCCGGUCUACGACGAGGAGGAGGGGAGCGGAGACUACGACUGGGAUGCCGAGGAGGAUGUGGAUCGAGAGAGGGAAGCGGAGGAGGAGUUGGAGAACCUGGAGAGGGAGAGAGAGAGGGAGAGGUUGGAGAUGGAGAGAGAGAGAGGGGAGCUGGAGAAGGAGAGGGAGGAGAUGGAGAGAGAGAGGACGGGACAGGAUGGGGAGAGAGACUUGGCCAGGGAGAGGGAGGAAUGGGAGAGGAGGAGGAUGGAGGUGGAGAGACGGAGAGAGGGGCAUUAUGAUGAAGAAACUGGACAGCCAUACCCAUACCCUCCAGAGUAUUUUUUACUGAAGGGGCAACCGGGGGAGAACGGAAAACCAGGACAAAAGGGUGAAAUUGGUGAAAAGGGACAAAAGGGAGAGCCAGGCAUCGGCCACCGAGGGCCAGAAGGCCAGGCCGGUCCUCCAGGACACAAGGGUGAACCAGGUGAACCGGGGCCUCCAGGUGCUCAGGGCAUCCAGGGUAUCCUUGGUAACGCAGGCAUCCAAGGUUCUCCGGGCCAUAGGGGUCCUCCAGGGGACCCAGGGGAACCCGGCAGAGAGGGGGAGCGCGGUAAAAAGGGGAAGAAUGGAUCACCUGGAGCUCCUGGACCUCGAGGGGGACCAGGAUCUCACGGUCCUCCCGGUUUAUCUGGAGUAAAAGGAGAAAAGGGUGACAGGAUUCCAGGAGAGCCCGGUGCCAGGGGCUUGGCUGGUGUCCCAGGCAGACGGGGUGAAACGGGUCCUCCUGGUGUUAAAGGAACUCUGGGGCAUAUAGGCCACAAAGGCUUGCGGGGCAGCAAAGGUGAAAAGGGAGACCGCGGCUUACCUGGAGUCAGAGGAGAGAGGGGGAGUGUGCUACAAAUCCAAGGACCCCGUGGAUUCAAGGGUUCCAAAGGAAAUCCGGGUGAGCGAGGUCCACCAGGAUUUGAUGGCGACAAAGGAGAAAAGGGCGAGGACGGUCCUCCUGGAGUCAAGGGCUUAAAGGGUGAUGCAGGCACCAAGGGUGCAUUAGGACGGUUCGGAGCACGAGGACCCGUGGGCCAGAAGGGAGAUCCAGGGGAGCCAGGACUCAAUGGAGUGAUGGGUCGCAAUGGGGAUCACGGAGUGGAUGGGGCCAAAGGGGACAAGGGAGAUGUAGGAGAGCACGGUCAAAAGGGUGAUCAGGGUGAUGCAGGAGAAUCAGGCUUACCAGGAGACGCAGGGGAGAAAGGAGAGAAGGGUUUCAGGGGUUUACCUGGACGCAUCGGGAGCUCAGGCCUGGACGGAGAACAGGGAGAUAUGGGGUUACCCGGCGCCCCUGGUAUACCUGGUCUGAAUGGACUCACAGGGCGCAAGGGUGACAAGGGAAAAGAAGGGACCAGUGGAGAUGAUGGUGAUCCGGGAGUCAAGGGCGGAAAGGGUGAAGCAGGUUUCUCAGGUUUCCCGGGCUUUAAGGGUUCACCAGGGAGUCCAGGAAGGGAUGGAGAUGAGGGGCCACCAGGACCACCAGGUCCUCGUGGGGACACUGGGUCUAAGGGGGAGAGGGGCAGGAGAGGAAGAGUGAAGCCGUGUCUGAGGGGAGUGUCAGGAACACCGGGACAAAGAGGAGAUAGUGGUCUGGUGGGAAGUUCAGGGGCAAAGGGGGAGAAGGGAGAGCCGGGACUGACCGCUGAAGACGUGAAGGAGCUAGUCACCCAAGAGGUGGCAGAAAAGUGUGGGUUAGAAUAUAAGUUCAUGGUGAAAUCUGUGGAUCCAGAUGGAACAGCCACAGUGACUGACAGUAAAAAUGAGCCGGAAGAUGUCGCGACGCCCCUCUCUCGCGACAUCCAUGAAGGGGCAGGGGAAGUCGGUGAACAGGUGGAAGAGGAAGAAUAUGGAGAGAGGGUGGAGGAAAUGAGCAGCCCUGCCCCUGUGAUCCUCGGAGGAGAAGGGAUGUCACCGAACCGCACCGAUUCUCCUGACAGAGAGACUGGGGAGUGGGGACGGAGAAAGAAAAGGAGGGUAUUUGGAACAAACACUGCUGACCGCUGCCUGGAGCCCUUGGCAGAAGGGGCCUGUUCAGAAUACGUCCUGCUCUGGUACUUCCACCCUCGCUCUGGGGAGUGCAGGCCGUUUGUGUACGGCGGCUGUGGUGGCAACCGAAACCAAUUCUCCUCGAGGCAGCAGUGCCAGACCUGCUGCGAGAAGGAGAAUACAGGCACUGAACCCUGGAGAUGAAGCCAACAACCCCCCGAGAGAAGAUGCUCAUUUUUGUACAUAACUGUGUUGAUUUUGAUCAAUGUUAGAAAAAUGUGAAUGUCAAAAACAUUGUUAUUUUAUGAAAUAUAUAAAAAUCCAUCUUUACUGUU